CAUCCAUAUCAGUCAAGUGGCGCUCUCUUGAGCACGUUGGUAUCAAGUGACUUGGACCAGGUUAUUCCCCAUCACGAUUAACGGCGUGGCAGUGAGAAGAAACAUCCAUUGUAUUAGCGGAUCAGGGACACGUCAAAACUAAACGCCCUUAUCUUUUCGCCUUGGCGGGGGUGAGUUGCUUCACCUGUAAUCGCUUAUCAGCAACUAGAGCAAAUAAAAGUCGAAUUGUGGGAGAGAGCUUGCGAGGUUUUCCUUCGGACUUUUUCGGCUCUCAUGAAUCCCCUUCAAGCACCAUCUGGUCGCAGCUUCAGUGAAGAAGCAGAGAAACAUGUUCAAAGCAUCGCCGUCGCGACACAGGAUGUGGAUACCGGUGCAGCGCUCGUUGCAGGUAUGUCUGGUGACCUCGAUCCGGACGAAGUAGCACGAGUUCGAAGGAAAAUCGAUUUUGGCAUCUUACCGAUGAUGUGCACACUCUACUGGAUUCAGUUCAUGGACAAGACAACCUUGGGUAGUGCCGCAAUAUUGGGCAUACGGCAAGAUACGCACUUGUCUACUAAUCAGUACAAUUGGCUGGGAACUGUAUUCUACCUUAGCUAUCUAAUAUUCGAGUACCCGCAGAAUCUCGCGCUCCAGCGUUUCCCGGUGGGUAGAUGGAUGAGUAUCAAUAUUUUCAUUUGGGGUAUCGCGCUGGCCUGCCAUGCAGCCUGCACCAACUUCGCUGGCCUCUUCGUCGCGCGGUUUGUCUUGGGCAUGUGCGAGGGGUCCAUUACAGCUGGCUUUAUGAUUGUCAGCUCGAUGUUUUACACUCGCACUGAGCAGACAUCACGUGUUGGGUAUUGGUUUCUCAUGAAUGGGACAGCGCAGAUUAUAUCUGGGUUUAUCAGUUUUGGUUCUUUGCAUAUCAACACUACAGGAUUUGCGCCAUGGCAAUGGCUUAUGGUCAUUACUGGCAUUUUGACCUUAAUCACCGCGGUUGUCUAUUGGUUCUUCUUCCCUGACUCACCCACCAAUGCAUGGUUUUUGACGCCCGCGGAACGAGCAAUUGCAGUCCGACGCUUGAAGGAAAACCAGACCGGUGUAGAAAACAAACACUUCAAGAAAGAUCAGGUGAUAGAGGCUUUGAAGGAUCCGAAGACAUGGAUCUUUGCUGUCUUUUCUGCACUGGACCAGAUUCCGAACUCGCUCAGCAAUCAACGACAAAUAAUUGUGACAUCACUCGGCUUCACCGCCCUGCAAACAACCUUGUUGAGCUGCGUGGAUGGUUUCAUUGAAGUUGCAACGAUUUGGACUGGUGUCAUGAUUGUCUCUCGGAUACCAAACAGUCGGGCUUAUGUCGGCGCGGUGUACUUCAUCCCGGCUUUGGUUGGGGUACUCAUGAUCGAGUUCCUGCCAUGGAGCAAUCAAAUCGGCUUGCUUUUCGGUAUUUGGCUUGUGGAUAUCGGGAUUACUGGAUUCGUCCUAUCUCUGGCCUGGUUGACCAGCGUUACUGCUGGGCACACAAAGAGAGUGACCACAAAUGCGAUCAUGCUGAGUGCCUACUGCGUUGGUAAUGGCUUGGGCCCGUUCAUGUGGCAGACGCAGUAUAAGCCACGCAACCGCAUACCUUGGAUUGUCAUCGGGAUGUGCUACGUUAUUUGCCCCAUCCUUCUACUCACCAUCAGGUUCAUCUUAUCACGAGAGAACAAGAAGCGGGACGCUGAGCCUGUCAAUAAUGACUUCGAGGAGGUUUACAUCGAACAAGUUACUGCAGAUGGAAAACGGAUUGAAGUCAAGGUGGACAAAGAAUUUUUAGACCUGACAGACAUUCAAAAUCGCGAUUUCCGUUAUGUUUUGUAGAAAUACUUCUGUUUGUACAUCUCAAGACAACAUUAGCUGUGAUGUGCACACCAUCAACUGGUAACCUGAACCUUCCAAUCUCAAUUCUGGGUAGAUCGAAGGGCCCAA